GGCGUUUGUUGUGGCUGUUGCUGCGUAGCCGCAGUGGCUACAGUGCGCGUAGCUUGGCUACAGACUGGCGUUGAGUUGUGUAAUACACCUCGAGCAUUGAAUUUUAAUGUGAAACACUAACGAGGCUAUAAUGGCGCAGUUAAAUUCGGAGUUAUGUAAGGUCAUCGACACGCUUACAUCUUCGGCAGCGGCACAUGUUAAAAAGGAGUGCAUGUCGAAACUGAAGCUAUUAUGUCGUUCGUCUGACUGUUUAUUGAGGGAAGCCUGUGACCUGCUAAAAGAAAGGCUGGAGGAAAACGAUGCCGAUGUUCGUCUAGACACGCUUGCUGUCAUUCAUGAACUGUUCACUAGGUCGCACCUAUUUCGGACGUUGAUCUUGGAAGACUUUCAGAAGAUCCUCGAACUGCUUGUCGAAACAAACCCGGACUUGCCGCUUCCUGGAACUCCAGCACAGGCCAAGAACUUAAAGACGAAAUCAUUAGAAACGAUCGAAAAGUGGAACGAGAAAUUCGGGCCCAGCUAUAAAAUACUUUCCCUUGCCGUGGAAUACUUGAAGACUUGUAAGCAGAAGGUGCAGAAAAUGGAAGAGCAGCCCGCCUGGUCUCGAAGGCUUCUUUCCGAGAUUUCUGAGCGGACACCAGAUGUGCAGCUGAUUGUCACGCAAAUAGAAAACUGCUUUCGACUAUUAGUGCCCAGUGAAGCAGAAGAAGACGCAAGCAAGGAAUCUGUAUCGGCUAUAGAUCCAUUGCCAGGAACAUCAUUAGCCGAGCGUCUUAGAGAUCAUGCAGUGCCUUUGACAUUCAGUAUGGAAAUAGAAGUGUCACGAAAGGUGAAUGUGCUGAAGACAGCAGACAAUGAAGAGGUUUUGGAUACCCUGAGACGACUUCACAAAGAGUUGAUGGAGACAUUCUUUCCAGUGGUUAAAAAGUGGCUUAAAGGUCUGGCCAAGUUUGACCACCCAAUGGAAGUAAUGAGGAACACAAUUGACCUCAAGCAUCGCAUUGAAAUUGUGCAUGAGAAGUUUGGAGAUUUAAAUGUUGGAUCUGAGGAGUCGUCUGACAGUGAACUUGAAGAGGUGCCAGAAAAAGAAGGCUUUGAACCUGUGGUUCCUGUUGCACGACGGGCGGAGUACGGUCUUGGGCCGGUAGAGAAAAAACUAAAAGUAAAGACACCAGAUAAAGCUGCUCAUCCCAAGGAACCUCAUGAACUGUCUGACCCAACCUCUAGAGAGGCACAGCUUCGAAGGCUCAACAAGUUGCUUAGCAGUGAAUGCAGCAGUAACAAUGGUAAUCCGAGUGGAAAGAUCGUGCCCAGUAUUAACAUUUCUUGCAGAGAUCUCGAGGAGGCUGGUCCAAGCACAUCGAACAAUGCUCCAGUGCGGAAUAUUGACCUAGACUUGAUUUAUUGGGAACAAGAAAAGAUUGAAAAAGAAGGAGGCAGUGGCUUCAGUGACCUGAACUGUGUCUGGAAGGGGACCUCCAAAGAUGAUAACGUGCAAGCACAGGAUUUGCCUUUCCGGGAACGGUGCAUUGAAUUUAGUGGGAAAUUUGAGCCAGUUAAGUGGACCUGCCGUGCACCACUUCCAAGUGGCAAAUUGUGUCCUCGACGUGAUCGGCUGAAGUGCCCUCUGCAUGGCCCUAUUGUUGCCAGGGAUGAUCUUGGCAACCCGCGGGACUCGAGCGUAGUGCAGCCAACUCAAUGUGUUCCUGAGUGGCAAGAUCCCCAGCUGCUCCGUGACCUCGAGGCUGCCACAGGUGUCCAGCUCCAUGUAGGUCGACCAGUGCGGAAGCAGCACACCCGUCGCGGUCCAGUAAGCACUGCUAGGAUGCGCCUUGAGAAGAAAAUUUUUAACAAGCGAGCAGCGAAAAGAGUGGCUGAGUCGAUGGAUGCUGUUGACAGCAAGAAGUUCCAGGAAAAGUUUGGCCAUCAGUGGAAUUAUGCAUUAGGGACAUGAGAGAGCUAAUAAUGUUUUGUGUGAUAGGCUUCCAUGGUUGUCUCCUGUGAACUUGAAUGAAGAAUCCUGCUGCAGAGCACCUUAUGAAUUUCUAACACAUUUAGUGCUGAGCAUGACCUCAGCCCACACAUGGGUGUUUGCCAAGGCAGUCUUGCUGAGCACACUGAGCUGAAAUGCCUGGCUGGCUUUGUCCUAACAUUAGACUGACAUUUGAGAAAGCACUGCCUGGUUGAUGGAUUUUGUGCUUUGGAAUACCUAGUAAGAAGCAUGUAGCUUUGCUCAUAAGCUAAUGCACUACUGUGUCAAUGCAUUUGUUACUUUGAGCUCAGAAUAGUUGAUUCUCCAUGCAGCAAGGACAUGUCGCCAUUUUUGUGUUGUGAAUAUGUUCUUCAGUUAAAGUUUUUCAUGAGGCUUAUUGUAGUCACUUUAAAAACUAUUUGUAUAUCAUUUGAUCAAAUUUGGUCUGCCUUCUCAUUGGCAUUUGUGUUUGACCACUAUGACCUGUAUAAAGGAGGGACUACAGAAAUACUCAUGGAAACAUGUGUCGAAGAACAAGAGAUACUUAUAUUUGGUAAAGUAUGAAUGAGCCGUCUCUCUCUUGUGCUGUGUGUCAAUAAAAGCACGCUAUACGUACAUAAAUGUCAAUGAUAACAUGACAAAGCAUUCAAGCAUCAAAUCACUAUCAUCUUCUUUAUAGCCUUGUUGGUUUGGAAUGCAAUGGUUGGGUUUGUAGGAAAGUGAGUGACAUCGAAUCUCCUUUCCAUAAGAGCAUGAAAAUAAAAUGGUUUUCCAAGGUUAUAGAAUGUUUUGUCCUUGUCUUUUGAUAAGCUGUUGUAAAUCAUAGUGUUAGCAAAUAUGUCUUUUGGUGAUCAAUUUUGUUUCAUCAAAUCACUAUCAUCUUCUUUAUAGCCUUGUUGGUUUGGAAUGCAAUGGUUGGGUUUGUAGGAAAGUGAGUGACAUCGAAUCUCCUUUCCAUAAGAGUAUGAAAAUAAAAUGGUUUUCCAAGGUUA